AUGCCUGCCAAGAAUGACAUCCAAAACUGCGGAAAUCACUUGAAGCCAGUAGACGAUGCAGACAUGCCUGGUACCAAACCCUACGUGGAGAAGUACUACACCGGUCCUGAGUCCAACCCAACCGGCUAUCCGCUGCCGGCUGUGAGCGAAUAUGAGGAUUCAAACCAUGCCCCUCCAGUGGAUGUGAAGGAAUGUGUGGCGACCUGCUGUACAAAGCCACCAGCGGCGGCCAACAACGCCCGGGGUCUGGACAAGCGCCCUCAGGUCCGGACAUGUCCGGACGAUGUUAUGCACUUGUUGAUAUUGCGAAAUUCCGAUGGCUGA